AUGCCGAAAAAGCUGUUCAGCCUGUGUACGCGAAGCACGAGUCACCUAGUUAUCGCGCCCAUUGUCCACUCCAUGCCAUCCGCCGCUGGACGAGUAACAUUAAUACGCAGUUGUGCUUUAGUAGCCCAUACGAAAAUGAAUGCAUCGAUCGCAUUUUUAAUCUGCUGUGUCGCAGGAAGUACAUUAGGCUAUUAUGUGCAGAGAGAGACACCCUAUAACACUGGACCAAAUGAUCCAUACAGCGUAGAAGUUAGCCCGAAUCUUUUAUUAGAACCAUCUCAACGUAUAUUCUGGGGAAAUGGAGGAAGUAACCAGGUCGGGGGAAACGAUUGGUGGAGUAAAAUAACCGAUAAAUUUCCAUUUUUACGUAAUAAGUUUGGAAGGAUUCAAGCGGAAUAUGGUGUCCCAAAUCCUGCACCUGUCUACGGCGCACCGACUAGAUUCGUUCCACAAUUUUACACUCAGAAUGUUCCGCAAUUUGUUCCUUUUGCUCGAGAUAUUGGUUUUACUGACGACGCUGUCAUAAUAACACCACCAAAUGUUCCCAUCGCACCUCAGCCCUUGCCACAGCCGGUGCCACAGCCUGCACCUCAACCUGGAUACCAAUAUAGUAAACCACUAAAUCGCUUGGUUUUACCUAACCAUUAA